UCUGCACUGUGCUGUAUGGGAAGAACAGAAGUUCAUCAGGACAGUUGUGGACGAGUCGUGUCCUUCUGCCACAACAAUGUCUCCCAGAAAACUCCUCACUCUGGGGCUCCUGUGUAUAUUGUAUGUGCACACCAGCCAAGCAGUGAAAGUUGAAAACAUAUUGACUCAGUCAAACUACUUCCAGACUCUGGAGCCAACAGGGGAGUUCAUGUUUCAGUUUGAUGGCGAUGAGAUAUUCCACGUUGACUUGCAGCGUAAAGAAACAAAAUGGAGGCUGCCGCAGUUUGGAGAGGUGGCCAGUUUUGAUACAGCUGGAGCUCUGCAGAAUAUCGGUAUUUUGAAAUAUAAUCUUGACAUUUGUGAGAAAAUGUCAAACUACACAAAAGCAAAAAGUGUGGCUAGAGACGACAUACAUAUAUAUACAGAGAAGCCGCUGGUUCUGGGUGAGCCUGUCACCUUGGUCUGCCUCGCCACCCAGUUCUUUCCCCCUGUCAUUAAGAUGAGCUGGCUGAAGAAUAACGAGCCGGUGACAGUCGGUGUGACAGAGACUGUCUAUUAUCCUGCAUCAGACGGGUCCUUCAGCAAAUUCCUCUACUUAGCUACUGUUCCUCAAAAGGGCGAUGUGUACACCUGUUCUGUGGAGCACGACGGACUCUCUGUCAACCCCACCAACAAGUUCUGGUAUCCUGAAGUUCCCAGCCAUAUUUCGCAUUCAUCUAAGAACAUUAUAUGCGGCCUAGGGCUCGCUUUUGGGAUAUUUGGAAUUGUUGUUGGCAUUGUGCUGAUAUUUAAAGGGAGGAAGAACAUGAAUAAGGCAAGAGGGCACUAACUGUGCAGGCACUAUUGACGGUAUUGGAUGCUUCUGAUGCUUCUGUCCUGAUAUCUACUUUCUCACAGUGCUAAAAUAAAAAUCCAGCUGGAUAAAGUGAGCUUCACCAUAUGACCAGACCAGAUUACUGGAAAAGAACAUACAUGAUAAAGAGAACCUGUUUGCUGCGUUGCUGAAAUAUUAACCCAUUUGUAAUUGUGCUUUUACGCUGUAUCACCUUGUGCCUUAAUUCUCUCUUAAGUUGUAAAUCUUAAAAUGAUGCAGAUAAUGUACAUUUGUCUUUAUAAUUUCCCUCAAAUGUAGCCUUUACAUAAUUGUAUUUGUCCUCUUUAAGCAAGUUGUGGAGCAGUGUCUCUCGUUUAUGAAGGUUUGCCUCAUCCAUGCUCCUUGAUUUGUCUAUUGCUGCAGUACAAAUCAUCAAUUUGUGAGCAAUUUCCUGGUAAUAACAACCAAUUCGUGGAGUCCAGCUACUGGGUUACGUGAUUAUUUUUUAUUUUUUGUGCUGUAUUGCAUAAAACUUGUUGUAGUUUUACCCAUUGAGAUCAGAUAGGGAAAGUCAAUGCACCUAGAACAAGCUUGAUACCACCCACAGACAGACAUACAAAACUGUGAAAUUAAUGAAUAGCAAUUCGCUAAUAUUUUACAUUCUGCUGCUGCCAUAAAAAAAAAUACAGCAUUAAAGAUUCCAAUAAAACACUCUGUAAACCAGUCUAAGGCUCUACCUUGUGUUCUGAGGUUCCGUAUUUCUGAUGGAAAAAAUAGCGCAGUCUACAGCAUUUUUAUUUAUUUUUUUGCUCAAAAAUAUUAGAACCAUGCCGGACGGCAUUACAGUCAACCGGACCCAUUCUGGUUUGCUGGUACCAUUUUAAAAGGAAUCGGACCCAAAACCAGACCUGAGAAGACAAACUAAUUAAAUUAAGUACCCUAAAAUUCUGACCCAGGGCAGACCUCAUAAAGAGUAAAUACAUCGAGAUGCGGUAGAGGUAGCUCCUGGAGCUCAACGGGAAACUUGUUUUUUUGUGUCUUUGAGACUGGACAAUAGAAUAAGAAGAUGUGGGAGCGUAGUGAAGGAAUCUAGUGUGAACUUUACUACCUACUUCGUGUUGUGGAGAAGAGCAGCCUUCCGGGACCCAUUUUAGAUUGUGGUUUGGUACUGGAGCGGUGAAAGAGAAACUUUUUUCAGUCUAGUUUUUGGUUGGGACUCGUUAUUGACUUGGUACCCCUGAUUCUGUUAUACAGUGUGCUUGGUAGUGUGUGUAUAUAUUUUGCUUACAAUAAAUACAUUUAGACCCCAGACCCCUUAAUAACAGACUGGAUACACUUACCCAGCAGCUUCUCCUCUACCUCCUUGUGGCUCUCUCCUGUAGCUUCAGGGCCUUUAGAAGGUCCUGCAGAAAGGUUUACAAAGCAGUUGUGAUGUUUUUUGCAGUGAUUUGUGGCAUAAAAUAUAAUAAUAAAACCACAAUGUGCUUUAAGUCUUGCGGCCAGGGAUCAUUGCACAAAGCAGUUUUGUCACAAUUUUUGUUGAGUUUGAUGGUAAAAUCCACUAUAAAACCUCAAUUUGCGGCGUCCACCCAAAGCUGUCCAUAUUAUAAGCCGCCAUUGGGAUCUAGCAAAGUGUCAGGGCUCUCUCAUAAACAGAAAUCAUGAGGUUCCACUUGGAACCGAACCCGAGUUUGGGAAAUGUUUUUUUACAGUAUAAAUGCGUUUCUGAGCGCUCGCUCUGUACUGUAUUGAAACAAAGUUUUAUGCGAACUGACUUCGGAUGUUUCAUCUGAAGUCGAUUCGCUUGUCCCUAGCCAGGACCAUGGGAAGCCACAUAAGCACGCAUGCACAGCAGAUCCUGUCCUGCCACCUUGUAUCUGCGCUGCAGUGGUGACCGUAACCCCUGGAAACAAGCAGUGUGCUCCGUAAUGUGAUGGAAAAAUUUAUAAAGCCAGUGAAGGAGGCAAUAUGGAUAAUAACAAUACAUUAGUAAGUGCCUUGUGUUAACUUACUCUACAUGAAAAUGCAAUUUGCUAAAGUGAGAGAACCCCUUUAAAGUCUCUUUCCUGUAAUUUAAUGAACUGAAAAUGUGUCCAUUUUGUUUUGCCUUCUAAUAAAUAAAAUACAGCACAAUAAAAUACAAUCUCUCGAGCCUGACUUCUUCCUGUCGUGCUUAGUUUUUCAUGUUGUACAAAUGUCUUUACAGGGCUAAUAAAUCCUCUUCUCUAAGUG